CCGGUCCCGGUCCCGGCCCGCCUCCCGCCCCGCUGGCCCGGCGGCUCCGCGCCCGCCCGGGAUGAGCGGGCUGCGGCGGCUGUUCCGCGGCAGCGGGCGGGCCCUGGCCUUCGUGUUCGCCGCCUCGGUGGCCUGGGUGCUGCUCGACAUGGCCGCGCUCCGCCUCUCGCUCGGCGAGGCGGGCGGGCGGCUGCUGCGGGAGGCGGCGGGGCGCGGGCCGGGGAUGGGGCCGGGGAUGGGGUUGGGGCGGGCGCGGCCCCGGCGCGGCCCCGGGGCGCCGGCGAAGGCAGCGGCGGAGCCGGGAGCAGCCCCCGGGGGCCCGGGGCCAUCGCUGCCGCCCCGCCAGCCCCCGGGCCCCGGCGGCGGGACGGGCACGGCGCUCCCCGGAGCCCCCGGGAGCGAGCAGCGCCCCUCCGGCACGGCGGCACCGAUAGGCCCGGCAGCCCGGGAUGCGGGCACCGCAGCCCAGCCUGGAGCAGAGGAGACCAACAAGGGACGAGGAGAAACUCCCUCCGAAACUCGCUUCAUCCUCAGUAGCAAGGAGGGGAUGAAUCUCGCCGGCCCCGCAGCCCCGCGCCGUGGGCCCCACUCUGCGGGCAACGCCACAGGGAGACGUGGAAAGCACAAAGAACUUGCUGACAAGAGCAGUGACGGUGCCCACGCUGCGACUGCCACUGCUGGGGCCACCGCCGGGGGUGGCCGGAGCCGGACGCUGGGUACGACCCCCGGAGCAGCUCCAGGAACAACUGGCAUUGGCCGGGAUGGGCAGGAACAGAGGGGAGCAGCUCCUGGAACAACUGGCAUUAGCUGGGAUGGGCAGGAACAGAGGGGAGCAGCUCCUGGAGAGGCUGGCACUGUCCAGGAUGGGCAGGAACAGAGGGGAGCAGCUCCUGGAGCAGCUGGCACUGGCCGGGAUGGGCAGGAACAGAGGGGAGCAGCUCCUGGAACGACUGGCACUGGCCAGGACGGGCAGGGACAUGCAGGGAGCAGCCCAGGGAUGCACAGAGUCCUGUCCAUGGAUGCAACGCUCGCCCCGAGAGACCCCCGAGCUCCCGGCCAGUUUGGACACCCUGUUGCUGUCCCUGACGAUAAACAAGAAGAAGCAAAAAGCAGAUGGAAAGAAGGAAACUUCAAUGUCUACCUCAGCGACCUGAUCCCUGUGGAUCGAGCCAUCGCAGACACCAGGCCCGCCGGGUGCUCUGAGCAGCAGGUGCACGACGACCUGCCGAGCACCAGCGUCAUCAUGUGCUUUGUGGACGAGGUGUGGUCGGCCCUGCUGCGCUCCGUGCACAGCGUCCUCAGCCGCUCUCCCCCGCACCUCCUGCAGGAGAUCAUCCUGGUGGACGACUGCAGCACCAAGGAGUACCUGAAGGAGCAGCUGGACACCUACAUGGCGCGCUUCCCCAAGGUGAAGGUGCUGCACCUCCAGGAGAGGCACGGCCUGAUCCGGGCCAGGCUGGCGGGAGCCAAGGUGGCCACAGGCGCUGUGCUGACCUUCCUGGACUCGCACGUGGAGUGCAACGUGGGCUGGCUGGAGCCGCUGCUGGAGCGCGUCCGCCUGCGCCGCACCAAGGUGGCCUGCCCCGUCAUCGAGGUCAUCAGCGACAAGGACAUGAGUUACAUGACCGUGGACAACUUCCAGCGUGGGAUUUUUACUUGGCCAAUGAAUUUUGGAUGGAGGCAGAUUCCACAAGAGGUCAUUGAGAAAAAUAAGAUCAAGGAAACUGAUAUAAUAAGGUGCCCCGUCAUGGCAGGUGGCCUGUUCUCCAUCGACAAGAAGUAUUUCUCUGAGUUGGGAAUGUACGACCCAGGACUGGAUGUCUGGGGAGGGGAAAAUAUGGAGAUUUCAUUCAAGGUCUGGAUGUGCGGAGGAGAGAUCGAGAUAGUCCCGUGCUCCAGAGUCGGGCACAUUUUCAGGAAUGACAAUCCCUAUUCCUUCCCAAAAGACCGGGUGAGGACGGUGGAGAGGAACCUGGCCCGCGUGGCCGAGGUGUGGCUGGACGAGUACAAGGAGCUCUUCUACGGCCACGCCUACCACCUGCUGCACAGCGUGGAUGUGGGCGACCUGAGCCCGCAGACCCAGCUGCGGGAGAGGCUCGGCUGCAAAACCUUCCGCUGGUACCUGGAGAACGUGUACCCGGACCUGGAGGCGCCCCUGGUCAAAGCCAGUGGGCUGCUCGUUAACGUGGCCCUGGCGGGGUGCAUCGCUGUGGAUGGCACCACCCUGGCGUUUGAGGAGUGUGAUGCUAGCAACACGAACCAGAGGUUCAACUACACCUGGCUGAGGCUGGUCCAGCACGGAGAGCUCUGCCUCGCCCCGGCGGGCGUGCUGGGAGCCGUGGGCCUGCGCCAGUGCCAGGGCAGGAGCCGCAGCCUGGCCUGGCUCCACGGGUCACUGGCCACUGUCCAGCCAGGCCUGGCAAGCAAAGUCCAGGACAGGUGUGGUGUGACUGCACAGCUGUGGUGUGACCCCAGCUCAGCUGCAGCUGCAGGCUUGGAUCCCAAGCCAAAGUCCCUACCGCCCACCUGGUCUCGCAGCACCAGCGCCUCCCGCAGCCGGCGUGCCUGGAGGUGGAUCCCUCGUUCAGAGCCCUGCGGGUGAGGGGCUGCGACGCCAGGAACCCCCACCAGAAGUGGCAGUUCAGCAGGUACCACGCCGACUGAGGGCAGCCCGGCUGCACAGGACUGCCCUGCUGUCACUGUGGCUCUGGGGGACAUCGGUGUGGCUGCCCAAGGGGGAAGUGCAUUUCCAGUGGGAACUGGAAUGUGUGAUGUGAGACCUGCACGUGGGGGGAUCCCAGCACCCAGAGCAGCACGUCUGAGCAGAGCAGCAUCAUUCUCCCUCUCUGCAGGAGACUCUGGGAAAAACUCCUUUUCUGUGUUAUUAAAUGGAAAUAUUUUUUGAA